GUCAUCCCUAACCGAGGGACUCAUUGUACCCCAAGCCACAUACAACAUACCCCACGACCCGCCAGCAACCCUACAACAACGAGCGGCCCGACAACAUUCGAAACAUGAGCAUCAACACGUUGUUCUACGGUUUGGUGCUUAUGAGCAUGGACGAGGUGCUCGUCAGGGCGUCGGGGAUGUCGGGACUAGGAGAAGACGGGGGUUCUCUUCAUCCGUACAACACGGGCGAGCAGGAAAUCGAGCCGUUCGAUUACACGCCUGCAAAGCGGGACGACAACGGCCAAGAGAAGCCGAAAAUCCCGGGUAGCGUGUACGUCCGUUUCGGUCGCAACCACGCCGAGAAGAUUCCGGCAGAGGCGGAAAGAGAGACGCGCGGAAGAUCGGACGGAUUCAUAAGGUUCGGAAGAUCUCACCCGAAGGCUUCGCAGCAUAGAAACGAGCCGGGAUUCGGCGGCUUAGAGAGAAUCCAGAGAGGUAACAAGUGGUUCCGUAUGGGUCGGAACGCCCCGUCUGACAACGAGAACAACAUUGCAUCGAAGUACGCGAUGCUCAAGGCGAAGAGCGACGAGUGCGAUUGGUGGCUGAAGCGAUGCCACGCCAAUCUUGUAUCCCUUUGCACGCCGGAUGAUGACGAUACCGAUAUAUGUCGCGAACAGGACGGUAGAAUUUUUUGCGACAGCCGUAAAUAAGAAAUUAGCUUUCACAAAUUUACACGCUUCGAAUUAUGUAUAAGUACGUCCGCGAUGUAAUCUCUGGACACGAAUUUUCCUCAUGCCUGAAUUGCACAUUUUUCCUGCUUCAAGCCAAAAAUUAAUCAUUUUUGUUUAUCGAAUCCUUUCGCAUAUUUCACUGAACUGGAUCGUCGCUGGGUUCGUAUAUACCGCAUACCUGUGUAAAUCCGAUAUGCGAUUCAAAUUUUCACAACUGCAGAGAAAAAUCUUCAAAUCAAACAUUAUUAUGAUUAUUCAAUAAAUUUCGUUGAGGAAUCGCGAUAAUUUUUGUUUUCUCCCCUCGUCACGUCUUCGUUUCAUUUAUUCGAGUGGGUUUUGCACUCGGUUCUGCGAAGCCAUUCGAGACGUCGAAAAUCGCUUUGGAUCCUUCUGAGGUAACUUUUCGACGCAAUAUAUUUCUCAUGUUAAUACUGUGUCAGACUUGGAACUGAAACAUAAAAAAAAUCUAUCAAAACAUUAUUUACUUUCCCAUGUUUCUUUUGGAUGAUUAAUUAUUUACCUUAGAACACUAGGAUUGAUUGGAUAGUGUAUUUGUAAUUAAAGAACACAACGAACGAUUUUAAUAUCGAAUUCAAAUCUCCUGCCGGUCUGUAACGUGGGAGGAUAUUUUUUCUGCCAUCAAGUUCGCUAAUUUCCCUGUAGGUUAGAGUUUAUACAGCGAAUAGAUAGAACCGUAAGCUAAUGAAUGUACAAAACCUUUCAAAACGAUCAUGUUAAAGUUUAAUACACUAACGACACUUUACAACCAUAAGUCUAACUAAAUGUGUCAUCCUCCAAGAAGACUGCAAAACUUUUUUUUUUUUUUUUUUUGCAUGCUGAAAUUACACGGUGAACAUAAAAAAGUAGAGAGUGAAAAGGUAGAAAGUUAUUGACCCCAGCCAAUCAAAAAACUAUAGUUUUCUUAUCAUGUCCCCGAGAAAGGGAAAAAAGCGAACGUAAGAUUGGCAAUAUGAUAAACAACCUCAAUAUGUAAAUAUGGAAUAUACGAAUAGUUCCAACAUUGUUCGUUGUGCUCGACAAGAUUUUACGCAACCCCAAUUUAUCUAUCCACGUUGUUUUCUUCCUCUCGUUUCCUUUCACGUAUUUUCAUCGACCGAUAUUUUAUUUACGAACAGAGGUGGUUCGACGUUUGUGUCAAUUAAUUUGCCGAUUCCAAUCGUACCCGGAACAAUUACAUACGAGGAUCAUAGACUAUAACAUAUUGUACUUUAUACAUUUAAAUAUACACAGUUGGUAUAAAAAAGAAUGUAAAUUUAAUAACCUGUAUACAUAUAUCGAUAAAAGUGGCUGUGCGUC